UCGCUCUUGAUGAUAAUCUGUCCAUCGAAUCCAUCCCAAUGUCUUCACCAGCUAACGUCUAGUCUUUGUCCUUAAUAAAAGAAAGCUCAGCCACACCAAUUGGUGAGCUCAUACAAUGACUGACAAGCUCCCCCCUCCACUGCUGGCGCUGUUCCAGCCCCGUCCGCCUCUACGCUAUGUGACCCCGAUCAACCGCGCACCAGAGGACGUAAAAAAGAGUACAAUCAGCGGUAUUGCUCAGUAUCUCCCGGAGAUCAAGAAAUACGAGGAGGAAAUCCCUUACACUGCGACGGAGAGCUGGAUCCAGCGCAAAUGGCGCGAGAAGUUGCAAAAGAAAGAAAGAGUACACAGACAAGUUAAUGAAGCGGUUCAAGAUUUUGAUCCUACCAAGGACUCGCAAGCCCGAGGCGAUCCGUUCAAGACUCUCUUCGUUGCGCGGCUCAGCUACGAAGUGAAAGAAUCGGACCUCGAACGUGAAUUCGGACGCUUUGGACCUAUUGAAAGGAUCCGUAUCGUCAAAGACACUGUCAGUCCCAAGAGCAAACCCAACAGAGGGUAUGCUUUCAUCGUAUAUGAGCGUGAAAAAGACAUGAAAGCUGCCUACAAGGAAACGGAUGGUAUACGGAUCAAGGACCGACGUGUGUUGGUAGACGUGGAGCGCGGUCGUACCGUCAAAGGAUGGAAACCCCGUCGAUUCGGCGGUGGUCUUGGAGGCCGUGGAUAUACUAAGGCGCUACCUUCUCGCCCUAGCGGGCCAGGCUUUGGCGCUCCUACAGGACCUGGUGGUGGUUUCCGCGGUGGCUUUGGUGGCAGAGGAUUCCGCGGAGGAGGUUAUCGCGGUGACCGAUUUGGCGGCCCUCGUGGCGGUAUCGGCUACCAAGGAGGCCGCAAUGGAUUUGGUGGCCCCCCUCCAAAUGCGCCGUCUGGCCCAGGUGGUGGACGGAGUGCUGGAGGUUUCUUUGGUGGAGGUGGCAGGUACGACCGUGGUGGAACGGGUAGCAACCGCGAGCCUAUAAGGCCAAGAGAAGCCUAUUCUGACCGCGACCGUCGUGAUCAUGACCGUGAUCGCGAGGGUGACCGUCAUAGGGACCGAGACAGGGACUACCGUUACCGGGACCGUGAGCGUGAGCGUGACCGUGACAGGUACGGUGGCCGAGAGGACUAUGGACGCAAGAGGUACCACGAGGAUGAUUCAUAUGAUGACCCUCGUGCCAAGAGGAGGUAUUAAGAUCUGUUGUUCGUGAAUGUUCCUUGCCUACCACACCUGUCAUAGUCUGCUGGUGGGUAUCUGAUUGAUUGCUUCUAUUGCCCCAUUGCACCACACGGGUAAGACAAGGUCAGAAAUCUUUCAGCGCCAGCGUCUCGAGUUGCCAUUCACCUUCAUUCGUGGAAAUUGAGUUCCUGGAUCGUCUUGGCCGUCGAUAUCACCUGUCAUCCAAAGAUCGCCGGGGUAUCAAUCUGGCCCAACCGCAUGGUUCUGACCUUUCGCCUUAUGCGUUUUCUGUUUCAUGUCCUUGUUUCCCUUUACCCUGGGUCUAAUCUACGCUUUUUUGGGGUAAGUAUGUAUUUUAGGUAGUCAACAUGC